AUGUCUUUUUCUUACUUCUUUUAUUCCUUUUCCUCUCUUACUUCAUUGAUUCCGUUUUUCUUCUUUUUUCCCCACCACGUAGCUUGGUCUCUUUCCUCUUCUCUUUUAUUUCUUAACAUCUUUGUCUCUUUUUAUUUGAGCUCACUCAUCUUUCUCUCAUUCUCUCAACUUCCUACUCUUUUCAGAGAAAUUACUUUUAUUCUUUCUUUCUUUCUUCUAAUCUAUAUAUUAUUUUCACCCUCUCUCAUUCUUUUAUACUUUCCCUGCGUACCUUGGUCUCUUUCCCCCUUUCCUUUAUUUCUUAACAGACUCUUACUCUCACUUCACUCUAUGUCUCUUCUCCUAUCUUCCCACUUUUUUUUUAAAGAAACUACUUUUAUUCUUUCUUUAGUUUUCUUUCUUUCUUUAUUUCUUUCUUUCUUUUACUCUAUAUCUUAUUUUCACUCUCUCUCAUUCUUUAGUAAUUUCCUCCCCUGUAUUACUUUGCACCAUCUCUUUACCAAACCAGUUGUUAGCAUUCUCUUUCGUCUUCUUCAUUUUCUUUUGUUUAUUAAAUUCAUUUGCCUCGCUGCAGUUUCUUUUCAACUUUCAAACACUUUUUUCUUCAUUACCCUGAAUUCCUUCAAAUUUAUGUUCCCCCUCCUUUAUAUGGUUUCUUUGGUUUAG